UGCGAUAGUUCAGCAGUAUGACACGUUCGGGUUGCGGCAAAAGGUUCCUGUUCGAAUUCCUACUCCAUCACUCGUUUGCUUUAACUUCUAAAUAAAUAAAUAAGCCCUCUUUUGUCGUGAAACACACGUCUCAAAUACGCGCGUAAUGGUAUACCUCCAUGUAGGGGUAUUAAUGGUAUUAUGUCAAAAUGAGCUAGUCUGCAUCAACAUGGACCUGCCAUCCCUGCACGGGUUAAAUCCAAUCCAAUCGAACCUGUCUACUUUUGUUUACUGUUUAGAGCAUUGUUCAUAUAUACGUACCUGUGUGUAUAAUAUACGUAGUGUGUGUGUAGAUAUAUAUAUAUAUAUAUCUCUUUUUCUGUGUGUGUUUUCUCUCUCUUCAUAAGUAUGUAAUUUUCACUGCCUUUGAAGAAUUAUUCGUUCUGAGUACACAUCUCCAGAUGUGAUUAGGAGAGUGUAUGUUAGGGUUUUGUACAAAAAUAGGUUUGAGCAGAGUGUGUGGACGGAAACAAGAGAGAUGUUGAAUGCGAAGCGGCCUCACUUUCUUGAGGCUUUUAACUCUUCUUUAAGCUCUCAGCUUCUGAAAAUUCCUUCAAAAUUCAUCAAACAUAUGGGAGGCACAACAUCUGGAUCUGUUUCAUUAGUGGGUCCUAGUGGGAGUACCUGGCAUGUUGACUUGAUUCAGCACAGUGAUUGUUUAUUCUUUCAUGAUGGGUGGGCAGCGUUUGUGAAAGAUCACUUCAUAGAACAUGGUGACUCAUUGGUUUUUAGAUAUGAUGGUAAUUUGCAUUUCACUGUGCAAGUGUUUGACAAAAGUUCGUGUGAGAAAGAAGCUGCAUUUACUGCCAUAUGCAGUCAAGAUCCAAGUGUCUCUGAUAAACAUAUGGGAAGGAAGAGAGAAGGAGAAAACAGAACUUCCUGUUUGGAUGACAUUAUUGAAAGCAUUCCAAAGAAAAGGAGAGGUUCUCAAGUCCAUGUGGAAUGCAUUACUCUAGCUAAUAUUUAUCAAGCAGCCGCACCCAGUGUAAGAGAAAAUUGUGACAGUGUAUCAAAGAACAGUCUCACCUUAGCUAUGCCCUUGCAAUCAAUAAUGCUCACUGAAAACUCAGAGGUAGCCGUUCCAAAUGGAACCAACAAGGAAGAUGAACUAGUCUCAUGUGCUAGCGGUUGUAUGCCAUUGUUGUCAGCAGCUGAAGCAGAAAAAGUAGCCCGAUCAUUUACUUCAUCUUUUCCCAAUUUUGUGAAAAUAAUGAAAAGGUUCAAUGUCGGUGGUUCAUAUACUCUGAAUAUCCCAUAUCAGUUUUCAAUGGAACAUCUUCCCAAAUGCAAAGUAAAGAUUGUGCUUCAUAAUCUAAAAGGAGAAAGUUGGAUCGUUAAUUCAAUACCAACUACAAGAGUGCAAACAUCUCAUACUUUUUGUGGAGGGUGGAUGGCCUUUGUUCGUGAUAAUAAUAUUGAGAUGGGAGACAUCUGCAUUUUUGAACUAGUGCGCAAGUGUGAAAUGCGCGUGCAAAUUUUUGGGGUUGGAAAAAGGGGUGUAGACUGCUCAAGUGGGAAAGCAGGUUUGAAGGGGUUAAACAAUGGGUGUGGUGCUACUUCACAUAAAAUAUCUCAAUGCGUACCAAAGAAAAUAUCUCAUAAUGCCAAUUUACAACGGAAAACUAUGGUCGAAGUAUCUGAUAAGAAAGAAUCUGACCAUGAGAGGUUAAUUAAGACUAAAAGUAGUCAUGAAGCUGCUUUCUCCAAUGAAAAAGUGAAACAUGAUAGUGCAUCAAAGCGUUCUGCAUACUCUCAGUCAAAAGCUUGCAAUGGAAAACAGGUGAUCCAGACAAAAGUCAACUUUGAUGAGAAACAAGGUUCUCUCAGUAAAGUUUGUAUGUCAAUGAAGUCAGCACCUGAAGAAAAAAGAGCAGCUCAGUCUUUUAUAUCCAGUCUUCCUCAUUUUGUGAGAAUCAUGAAGAAGUUCAACAUCAGUGGCUCAUAUACUCUGAAAAUCCCGUACCAGUUUUCUAUGACAAACCUUCCCAACUGCAAAACUGAGGUUGUCCUUCGUAAUCUAAGAGGACAGAGUUGGACUGUGAAUUCGAUCCCAACUAUAAAAGUCCAAUCAUUACAUACUUUCUGUGGUGGGUGGAUGGCGUUUGUGCGUGAUAAUGACAUCCAGAUGGGAGAUAUCUGCAUUUUUGAACUUAUUGGUAAAUGUGAAAUGCGCGUGCACAUAUCUGGGCCUGGGAAGAAAGGGCUAGACUAUCAAUGUGGAAAAGCAGAGUCCAAUGAAUCAACUAUUGGGUUUUCUGUUAGCAACCGCCCUUUGUUAGAAGAUGCAUGAACUCUGGCCACAUAUUUUGGUGCAAUGCUUGCAUAAUCCAGCUCGUUGUGCUAUUUCAAAUGAACCAAGGGAAGUUAUUAGGACAUGGGGUUGGAUGCGUGUCGGUUUACUUUUUAGUUCUGCAACUCCUGUCAGGCUUGCUUCAUGCUGUUGUUUCUUGUUAAUAAUUGUAUCUAAAUUGUCACCGGACUAAAGAAAUUCCUAGCACCUGUUCGAUAUGGCAAUCCUCUUUUGUACAUGUAAUCUAUUGAAAGCGGAUAGUUAAAAUCUUUUCAAACUUAA